UGCGUUCGUGUUAGGUCUCUACCCUCAUUUCUUUUCUGUUACUUUAUUCUCUCAUUGGAUUUUUCUUCCUUUCAACUGCUGGGCAGUCUUUCAUUCCUUAAGCAAGUGUCCGAGAUACCUUUUGCUCCUUACCAUCAAUCCUUAACUUUGUUGUUAUCAAGCUGUAGACCAUGUAUCUCUCCUUUUCAUUGUUACUCUUCGCAACGCGUGGUUUCUCCUCUCCUACUUUUCGCAAAAGAGUUGUCACUUCUCUUGACCAAGCUGCUUUCGAAGAAGCCCAACAACGGGAUGAUACUGCAACGAGGGCUUUCUCGUCCGUUCCUAUUAUAGUAUGUUCUACCGUUUUAUCCAGGACUCAUAUACCUUGGUGCUAAAUAAAUCUAGACAUCAUCCGGGCAGUGCCUUUUUGUAGAUGGACUAUCCGGGGACUUCAGAGCAAACCUGACUCCGGUCCAGGUGACUGCCUGUGAUGGCAGUACCGGACAGCUUUGGGAUGUUCUUACGAGUGGGAAGCACAAUGAUGUGGCAGGUAGCAUGUUGGUUGUCAAUACAUUGGUGAGCAAAAUUUGGCGUUUGUUCGUUCAUUUUCACAGACUGAUGACUCCCCAAGACUCAGGCUUGUUUGAAUUUUGAUCCUCGUCGUGCGGCAGGUAAUACUGUCAUCAUGUUUUCGUGCGGUGGUCGGGCCGAUGGAGGUAUGUAUCAUCAACUUCAAUCAAGGCGUCGUCGCUAAUUCCGGUAAGAUGGAGUUGUCACAAACUCCCAGCUAUUCCCUUUUAAUGGAACUUCUGGCCCACUCACUCUUUCCCCCGAAAACGCACCAGGUACCUGUUUAUCUGCUACGACCUCCAACGUUCUCGAUGAAGCGCCUUGUGAUGAAACUGAUUCUAGCCAAACAUUUACUUUUGGCGCCUCGAACACUUCCAUUGGUCCAGCAGCCGCCAGCUCUGUUGCUCCAGCGGUUUCAGCGACUUCAGCGGCUUCAGAUGUAGCAGCCAUUCCAACUUCAACAGUUUUAGUGACUCCAGCAGUCACCUCUUCGUUAUCUUCUCCCAGCUCAGUAGCUGUCACCGCAGCUGCAUCGACUGUUCCGACAGGCGACCCAACAGCUCCUCUCCCAGUGUCCCGUGCUGGAGGUGUGCUUGAUCCUUCAGCCGCUGCAGAAGCCAAUGCACUUGACAAUACUGCUGUAAAAGCAUUCUCGUCUGUCGCGCUGAAAGAUGCAUCUGGGCAAUGCCUAUUCGUUGAUCCAACUGCAGGUGACUUUAGACAGAACCUGAUUCCAAUUACUCUACAAGCAUGUGAUGGAAGUCAAAAUCAAGCAUGGGAUAUUGUUACAAGUGGGAAGCAUAACAAUGUUGUUAACUCAGUGCUUGUGGUCAGCAGCUUAGUGAGUACUUCUCUCUGAAACGAAAAGUCUUCGGGAAAUGCUAAUGAUUCUAAAUAGACUCAAGGAUGUCUUAAUUUUGACCCCAGAAGACCUGCUGGCGACACAGUUAUUAUGUUCUCUUGUGGAGGAAGAGCUGAUGGCGGUACGUAUUUUCGCGACUAUUUAUAUCCUUCAAAAAAGCAUGCGCUGAGACUUCGAACAGAUGGUCUAGUAACAAACUCACAACUCUUCCCUUUUAUCGAAAAAGGCCAAACAAGCAUUUUACUUGCCCCUGAAAAUGGGAAUAAUGCUACUUGCCUUGCGGCAAACGCUGCUGGGAAAUUAGAUUCUACUACUUGUAGCGGUGAUAAGGCUAGUCAAUCGUUCACUAUUGUUACGACAGACUAGGGAUUCGAAGAAUGGCUAUCGGGGUUUGUUUAUCAAUCAUACCGUCAGCAAGUCUUCGUUCUAUACGCUUGGCAGAAUCCAAGAAUGCAAUUGUACUCUUAGAUUCCUGGAUUGUGUUUGUACGAAUGCAGACACAUUUAGACGGCUCUUUCUUUAGCGAAUCUAAUAAUUUGGUUCAUACGCAUUGAAG